AGCCCAAUGGCGACUGCAGAAGCAAGCGGCAGCGACGGGAAAGGGCAAGGGGGAGACACCUCGGUCACCUAUUACCGGCUGGAGGAGGUAGCCAAGCACAACACCCCGAAGGACCUGUGGCUGGUGAUCCACAGGCGGGUCUACGAUAUCACCCGCUUCCUCAACGAGCACCCUGGUGGGGAAGAAGUUCUGCUGGAACAAGCUGGCCCAGAUGCAAGCGAAAGCUUUGAAGAUGUCAGCCAUUCCUCCAAUGCCAGAGAGAUGCUAAAGCAGUACCACAUUGGUGAUGUCCACCCGAGUGACCUUAAACCUGAGAGUGGCAGACAGAACCCUUUGGAAAAGAAUGCAUGCAAACGUUGCUGGACAUAUUGGAUUCUCCCCAUCCUAGGCGCUAUUCUCAUAGGUUUCCUGUAUCGUCACUACAUGUUGGAAAGCAGUUCCUCCUGA